AUGAUCCGAGUCGAUGGUCUACGCUUGUUAUUCGUCUCGAUGCGACGGCUUCGCCUUCUUGCCGAGUCAGGUCUUCCUCAGCGGGCCAUCUCUCGAGUGAAGCAUAUUCACUCUGUGAUGCCUUUUAUGCAGGAUGCUGAUGGUGGAUGUGAUAGUCCGGUGAUAACGUGCGGUGAUAACAGCUUAUUUUCUGAUCCUAUUGUUCAAAUCUCCAAUGAUGACCUUCAAACAUGUAAUUUCUUUGGAGACAAUUAUCCAGUCCUGGACAAACAAUACUGGUCAGUCUAUGUUGGUAGCAAGUGUAGCAGAAUAGAGCUAUGCCAAAACGCUUUUAAUGUUUCCAAGAUUGUAGUUUACAAGCAUUUCGACUAUUGUGAAAAAGUCAAUGAUUUGGCGCUUAUGGAACUAGCCAGCGAUGUGCCAUACAGUAAUGGAAUACCGAUUUGUAUGCCUGACAAGAACAUGCCGCUUUCAAAAACCGUAAAAGCCGAUGGAUCAGGAUUGGAUCGUAAGACCAUUUCCAUAAAAUGCGCCCACAUUAUUGCUCCUAGUAAUUCUCUUAUCAACAUGGGUCUUUCAUGCAGUGAUCUCGGAUAUUUCAAAAAUUUAUAA